AUGAACUUCACCAAAACACCUCUUUUCCGGUUCCUUACUCAACCCGAUGUAUCAUUGAUCUCUAUUACAGCUGAUGAUCUGUUCUCCUACUAUCAGCAAGAACGUUCAAAUAACGAACCUUCGCAGAUAUACGACUCACUCAGUAAAGAUUUGGAGGAAGUCCUGGAUUCAAAGUUCUUCAGUAAAGAUAUAUUAGGCAUUUUGAGAAACAUCAAGGACAAUUGGAAUCUAUGGAAAAAGCGGCGCAUUCAACGGGCCUACAAGAAUGCACAAAAAGACCAUCGUGAAAUUCGAUUUCAAAAAAGUGUUAACAAAUAUCAAAAAUGUGUUGCCAAAGUUGUUGACACAGAAAUCGACAAAUUUGUUAUGGCUGCAAAUGGUGACGACAUUUUGACAAGUGAAACUAUCCCUGACAACUUUCCGGAAGCACAGGAAGAUUUCGAGAAAACCACUGAAAUUUGCCAUGAACCAAUAGCUGAUGGAAAUUUGUCUCCAUGCAUGGCUGCGAGGAUUCGAAAAAGAAAAUCGAGUCAGAAAAAGACUAUGUGUAAUAAUAAGAUGGUCAACUCGAAACAAGGUAUGAUAGGAGGAAGUGUCAUCAGUUUAGAGACUCAGGGUGCAUCAAAGCAAAUGCCAGCAGAUUUAAAGACAGAAUGGCAUCUAGCCUACCACAACAUUAUUUGUCUUUUUGAUGGAGAGUUGCCAUAUACAAAAAUGCUUCUUGUGAUGCUGUCCAGCCAUCAAAUCCAAAUAUUAAGUGAUAAAUGGGCUAAGCAUGAAGCUGCCAUCGAUCAAAAUGCCAUUGAAGAACAAUGGAACGCCUCUUCAUUAAAAUCACUAGUUAAUUCCGACCAUGGAGUUAUAGAAAGAAGCCUUGACGAAUAUACAUUUCAUAUGGACUUUGACGUACUCGUGACAAGUUUUGCAAAGCCGAUGUUUGACAGUUAUCAGCAUAAACGAGAUUAUGAACUUCUUUGGUGUCAAGAAUUUUGCACACGAAUGGCUUUGCAAUUGCUUCGCAAAUGUAGUGUUUUACAUGAUAGUGAUGCGAGUGAAUAUCGUGGGGAGAUUGAGAACAAGACGCGUAAACGGCAAUGCAACUCUUUAAAACAAGAGGGUGAACGUGGACGAAUCGGCGAUAAACAUGAUGGCGUUUUAUAUUUGAAAAUACACGGAGUCAAAAUCGAGGUUGGAUUUAUGGAAGUUGUUGGAAACGCUUUUACAACAAAUGCGACUGAUAAAAACAAUGAUUUAGAGAAGCUAUUGAAAGAUCACAUUAAUCAGACUAUUUUUUAA